AUGUUUUUGUGUAAAGUCUGCAGGGCUCUCAACGUGACUGUGUCCCCAGGGCCUGUGGUGGACUACCUGGAGGGAGACAAUGCCACUCUUUUUUGCCACAUCUCCCAGAAGCGGAGGAGAGAUAGCCUGCUGGCUGUGCGCUGGCUCUUUUCACUGUCUGAUUCCCAGGAAAUCUUGAUGAUUAAGAUGACCAAGCUCAGGGUGGUACAGUACUAUGGCAAUUACAGCCGUAGUGCCAACCGACGGAGGCUACACCUCCUUGAGGAACGGCGUGGGACACUGUAUAGGCUUUCCUUGUUGACCCUCCGGCUCACGGAUCAGGGACAUUACAUCUGCAAAGUCCAGGAAAUAAGCAAGCACAGGAACAAGUGGACAGCAUGGUCCAAUGGCUCCUCAGCUACAGAAAUGAGAGUGAUUUCCCUCAAAACUUUUGAAGAUUCAUCCUUUGAGAAAAAGAAGGAGGCCUGGGCAUUUUUUGAAGAUCUCUACGUGUAUGCCGUCCUUGUGUGCUGUGUUGGGAUUCUCAGUGUUCUCCUGUUCACUCUGAUUAUCAUCUGGCAGUCAGUGUUCAGUAAGAAGAAAUCCCGAGUGAGACAUUAUUUGGUGAAAUAUCCUCAAAACAGCUCAGGUGAGACUGUCACCAGUGUGACUAGCUUAGCCCCACUGCAGCCCAAGAAGGGCAAGAGGCGGAAGGAGAAGGCUGAUGUUCCUCCUGCAGUCCCAGCCAAAGCUCCAAUAGCCACUUCCUUCCAUAAACCCAAGCUGCUGAAACCACAGAGGAAAGUUACCCUGCCAAAGAUUGCUGAGGAAAGCUUGACCUAUGCGGAGCUGGAGCUGAUUAAACCCCAUCAGGCAGCCAAGGGCAUCCCCACCAGCACGGUCUACGCCCAGAUCCUCUUUGAGGAAAACAAGCUGUAA